AUGAACAACACUACUGCUACAAUAAUAAGCACCAACAACGAUGAAUAUGUCUACAUGCCAUCCAUGACGCAACAAGUCAUCAUAUCCUCUUUGCAGAUUCCUCCUUCCCUUUUGUCAUUGAUUGGUUCCUCCCUCAUAAUCAUCAAUGUACGAACGAUCCGCAAAAAGACACCCUACCGAAGAAUAUUGCUGGCGUUGUCAAUCAGUGACAUUAUUUCCACUGUUGGUUGGCUGCUGCAGCCCUUUCUUGCUGACAAGGAUGCUCCAGAUGCCUGGGUUUGGAGUAUCGGAAACAAGCCAUCCUGUGUCAUGCUAGGAAGUUUUUCACAGUUCGGGGUGACGUCUCAUUUGUAUUCCUUAUUCUUGGCAGUCUACUUUUUGUUUAUUGUAAGAUUUGGAGUGAAAGAAAGAUCCUUUAAAAGGUUUGAGCGAUGGAUCCAUGCAACGAUCCUGGGCUUUUGCCUUUCCACUGCCAUCGCGGGAGUUUUGUUGGGAAUCUUUCGACCAAGCAUUUUGUCACCGGGUUGUUGGAUAUCGGCCCCUCCUGAGGGCUGUUCCGAAGAUUGUCCAGAAGCAAAGUGGGCCUGGUUAUUUGGUGGAUUGCCUUCCAUCCUCACGCUGGUCGGGAUCAGUGUCAGCAACACAAUGUUGUAUCUUCAUGUCCGAAGAACUGUCAAGGAGGGGCAAAUGAAAGCCAUGGCAAAUGAAAAGAGAUUGGCAACCUUUCAAGUACAAGGAUUCUCUUCCAUCGUUGACCCAACCAACAACAAUAAUAGUAGCAGAGACUGUGCUACUAGCAGCGAGCAGCAACUUGAGAAUGGUCAGCCUUCUGCUGCUCCUCUUGCAUCCGAUGAUACUGAUUGCAGUUCCAUUCCACCAACACCACCAUCGUCGUUCCGAACUAGUAAAGCGGACGAACGAAAAAGCGUUUUGAGUUCAUCGGACAAGCAAUGGAAACGGGUUCAGGAAGUGGGGAAACAGGGUUUCUUGUAUGUGGGAGCCUACUUGCUCUCUUUCUUGUGGACACUUGCCAUUAACUAUCUGGACAGCCAAGAUUUUGAAUACAAGAGGGGAUCCGAAAGCUAUUUAUUUCCGUUGCUUGUUUUGCAAGCAUUGUUUGCACCGGCUCUUGGUUUCUCCAAUGCCAUUAUCUUCUUUCGACCCAAACUACAAGCAGCCCGAAUCAAGUAUCCGGAUGAACCAUUUUGGUGGGUGGUACAACAAGUGGUCACGGGAGCAUCGGAUGCUAGGACCUCACGAACGACACAAAGUCGGCCCAGCUCGAGUGCUAGCCACAAAACAAAAAGUUCCUCCACGAAAAAGAAAAACAAGAAGCAAGCAUCAUCAUCAUGGAGUGCCCGUAUCAACUUUGCUGGAGAACGAUUGUCUUCCUCACGAUUGUCGACGGGUUCUACCGGUACGAAUAGAUGGUCCAGUCGGAUUGGUAUCAAGAGUACCAGUGGUAGUUUGGAUAUCAUUAGUGAGGAUGGAAAGGAUGAACAAGCAUCAAUGUCAUCGUUGCCACCAAAGGAGGAACUUCCAUCCAAGAAUGAAAGUGAUGAUGAUUUGACCGAACUGGAUGCCAGUGCUAGUCACGACAGGUUCGAAGGUAAUAAUGGCGACAGCAAGAGCAAGCAAACGAAUGGUCCAGAGGAUAGUAUGUGA